GAGAUUUCAGCAGAGCGGCCCUUUAUUCCCCCACAAGGCGAGCAGCACUCGCAGCCUCUCCGUCCCGUCAUGAAACAGACUCUGAGUGAAUUGAUGAGAAUGAGCAGGAUAUGCCGGAUGCUAUUUGCCACUUGUUUGGGAUCAAUAAUUCUGGUCAUCUUUUAUUUCCAAAGUAUGUUCCAACCAGUCAUGCGGAGGAACCCCUUUGUGGUGGACGGCUGCUGUAGGAAAGGGUCCCGCAAUGCCCUUCAGGAGCUCUACAGUCCCACACAGUUGGAGUUGUCUGGAGCAGCUGUCCUUCACCAGGCCAGGAGGGAUCAGGUAGUGGAUGCAUGUCGAGUCUACAGUGCAUCCAGUCGUAAACGCAGAGUACUGACACCCGGAGAUCUCAAACAUCUUGUGGUGGACGAGGACCAUGAACUCAUCUACUGCUAUGUCCCCAAGGUGGCCUGUACCAACUGGAAGCGCGUCAUGAUGGUGCUUACAGGCCGGGGCAAAUACAGUGACCCAAUGGAAAUCCCUUCCAAUGAAGCCCACAUUCCCUCCAACCUGAAGACGCUGAAUCAGUACAGUAUUGCUGAGAUCAACCACCGCCUCAAGAGCUACCUCAAGUUCCUCUUUGUUCGCGAGCCCUUUGAGAGGCUGGUCUCUGCAUACCGCAACAAGUUUACCCUCAAGUACAACUCAUCCUUCCAUAAGCGCUUUGGCACUCGCAUCAUCCGGCGCUACCGCAAGAAUGCCACGCAGGACGCCCUGCUCAAUGGUGCUGAUGUUAAAUUCAAAGAGUUUGCAGAGUACCUGGUGGACCCAGCCACGCAGCGCGAUGGUCCACUCAACGAGCACUGGCAGACCGUUUACCAGCUUUGUCAUCCAUGUCACAUCCACUAUGACCUGGUAGGCAAAUAUGACACACUGGAAGCGGAUGCAAACUAUGUGCUGCGGCUGGUGGGUGUUGGCGACUCCUUGCAUUUCCCAAGCUAUGCCAAGUCCACUCGGACCACAGAUGCCAUGACGGCCCAGUUCUUUAGCAAUAUCAGCACUCAGCAGCAGAUCCAACUCUAUCAGCUUUACAAGUUGGAUUUCCUUAUGUUCAACUACUCCACACCCAGCUACCUCCGGCUGGACUAAUGGAGGACAGAGCUGGGACUCUGAGAAUGGCUACCUUGUUUAAGGAGAGGCAAGAAAAUGAGUGGAAAGAAUUCUUUGGAGGCAAACUUGAUUUAAAAAACUGUAGUUGUAACUUUCAGGCAUGGAGUCUGAAUUAGACACAUACACAUGUGCUGAAAGAAAGAAGGGUAAUGUGUGCUUGUCUGGGCAUAGGGGGGAGGAUGUCCAAUCAACUCUGUGUGAUACAGAGAGCACUGCUUGGGUGAGAAUGUAGGCUAAAUGGACCAAAUGCAUGCAAAGACUAAACUGUGGGUGAAGCAGGUCUUCAAGGUGUUUUAUAAGGGGAACAAAGGACGGACUGGAAGAGAGAUUCUCCUGAUGGUUGCUUCAGAUUCAACAAAGCAAACAGCGGCCUCGCACGUGCCCUGACCCCAAUGCAUCUUGGGAGCUAAGCUUAUCUCCCCCUCCCCCUGAUCAACAGAGAAACUCCGUCAAAUUGUAAAACACAAUCCAUGCCCUACACUGCGCUGUCAGCGUGGUGUGUUAGCAUCCAUCACCCUUGUCCUCAUUAGAUGCAUAUAUUUCAGAGGGAAACCAGCUCAUCACAGCCUCAAGAAUGCCCUAUGAUAGAUGGCUAAUGACUUCACUCUUAAGACUUCUACAACCACAAUGACUGUAACUAUGGCCUUCAGCCAACUUUUUUAACUAAGCAAGUUGUCACUGGUCUCUUUCAUUAUGAUGUUGGGACCUCUUGUGUUACACCUUCAGGACCCUGAGAAAACAAAGACUCCUGCUGCAGCAGUUAAGUGUGGAGGUGCUUAAUAAAUCAUUGUCUGUAACACCAAGCAUCCUUAACACUUAAAGCUACAGGACGUGGUUAGACAGGUACGUCCUCACGUGACUGGGUGCAUCAGCUGUGAGGGACAAGUCUGCACAGAACGUCUUAGCUGAAAAACGAAAAAGAGACAGCCUGUGUGGUUGCAAAAGAGUUAAAGUCACUGGAUCUCAUAACCCUGUCCUGCUGUGCCCCACCAUGCCCCGCCAGGGGCUCAGCGGACACAUCCAGGGACUCGCCAACAAAGCCCCUGCUCAGUCGACCAAACAUGUCUUUCAGUAAAUUAAGAUUAUCCUUUUGUCCUCAUACUAAUUUGUAUUUUUAUUGUCUCAUGAA